CUUCCUGAAGUUGUUCAAGAAGAAUUUGAAAACAGCAAAGUGGAAAACAAAGAGAAUUGACAGCAGAUACAAAGGACGACAUGGAAACUUUGCUUCAUGAAUUCAUUUAACAAGUUUAUUCAACAAAACUUGACUGAACACCUACUCUGUGCCAGACAUUAUCCUAGGCACCAACACAACAGUGAAGAAAACACACAAAAUCACCUGCUCAUGUGCAAGUAUAGCUGAUGAUGUCUUCCAGCCUCAAUGUAUUUAGAGUUGGGAUUUCUUUUGUCAUAAUGUGUUUUUUUUACAAGUCAAUAGUAGACUCUGUACCAGAACUGAGUCCUCAGAAAUAUUUCAGUACAUUGCAACCAGGAAAAGCCUCUUUAGCUUAUUUUUGUCAAACUGAUUCUCCAAGUACAUCUGUAUUUCUUCAAGAACUGAGUGAGGCUGUUAGACCUCUCCAGGAAUAUGGGAUUUCAGUUGCAAAGGUUAAUUGUGUCAAAGAAGAGACAUCUAGAUACUGUGGAAGAGGACAGGAUUUGAUGAAAGCAUAUUUAUUCAGGGGCAACAUAUUGCUCAGAGAAUUCCCUACUGACACCUUGUUUGAUGUGAAUGCCAUUGUCGCUCAUGUGCUCUU